AUGCAGCCAGGCGAGCGCACGCCUCUCCUACGACUCUCUGCCUCCCUUCUCGCCGCUGAUCUCUCGCGUUCCCGCUGUCUACAAGAGCACCGUGUUUUGUCACCAAUGAUCAACGAGCACGUCUGCCUGAUCAGUCAGGAGCUGGUCUUGGUGCCGUACCUGGCGCCAUUUGUGCCACGUUACCAUGAAUGGAUGUGCGACCCGGGGCUGCUCGCGGCCACUGAGAGCGAGCCCUUGUCCCUCGAGGAGGAGCGCGAGAACCAGCUGUUGUGGCUGCAAUCCACGGACAAGAUGACGUUUAUCCUGCUGGCGCCGGCUACACUUCAUCAUGCCGACGCCUCUGCCGUCGGAGAGGACAGUCCUUCUCGAGGUGCAGAGGAGCGGCAGCAACGGCAAAACGAGGAAGGCGCCCACGCUCGGCUCCUGAGCUUGUGUGGGACGGUGCCGCCACUCGAAGAGGUGUUUGCGACAGCGUCGUCGUCGCCCGCUGCCUCUCUCGCGUCGUUUUGCCGCCCAGCCGCUGCUGUGUCGUACCCGGGCAGCAUUGUCACCACCGCAGAUUACACGUGCACCGUGUCGGAGUUGCAUCCUCAGCGAGAGAGAACAAGCACAUCCGGCUGCGCGUUCCCGCUGUUGAAGCGGUACGCUCCCUCGCAGGUGAAAGAGCUCUUCAGCAGCGACACACUUUCAGCUGGGUCGCAGCCGCAAGGAGCCUGUGCGAGAGCUGAGGAGGUGCAGCGCCGUGCGCUGGCGCAGUCGUACGUCAUGAUCGGCGAUUGCAAUCUCUUUUUGCUGGAAGAGGAGGACGAUGGAGGCGACGGGGUCGGUGACGGGGUUGCCGCGUUUGGCUGGUCCAGCUCCUGCGAACAACAGCAACACAGCCGAUCCCCCACGUCUGCUGCGAUACCGUCGGACGGCAGCCCGCCGCUUACUCCAGUUUCCGCCUUGGCACCCUCGCGUACGUUCGAGGUUGAGGUGAUGGUGGCCGACCCAGCCUUCCGGCGUCGCGGGUUGGCUGAGGCUGCCGUCCGUAUGAUCAUGCAGUACGCCGUCGCCGUCUGCGGUGGGACCCGCUUCGUGGCAAAGAUCCUUGCCACGAACACCGGCAGCAUCGCGCUGUUUACGGAGCGCCUCAAGUUCGCACCGUUUAAGGAGGUGAAGGUGUUCAACGAGGUCCACUUCGCACGCUCGCUGAGGACGGAGAAGGAGCGCCGUGCGUGGGAGCUGGAGUGCCGGCGAAGCAGGUGCGGGCGCACCGCGUGUAGCAGUGCUUCUCUGCACGGUCGAACGGCGGGGUGCGAAAGCCCUGCAGGUGCCGUGCCAGACGGCUCAAGAGGAACCGAUAAGCCGGAGGAGCUACCGUCCGCGUUGCCACCACACUCGCAGCAGGCCGGGUCGGAACUGAGCCACACGUACUGGUGCUCACCACUGGACAAGGUCGUAGCGUCUUCGAUUCGGAUCUUCACACAAGCGCCAUAA